UUGGCUUUGCUGUGUUUGUCCUCGUUGUGCCGAUCCAAAUGAAAGUUGCACAGGUGAUGACUAGGCAAAGGAAAAAUAUCCUCGGCUGCUCGGAUCAACGUCUCAAGCAGUCCAACGAGCUCCUCCAAGGGAUCAAACUGCUCAAGCUUUACGCCUGGGAGUUUCUGUACUGCAACUCCAUCGAGGACGUCCGCAAAAAGGAGCUGGCUGUCCUCAGGAAGAUUAACUUUGCCCUUGUCGUCACAAUGCUACUGACAAAUGGCACGCCUAUUCUGGUCACGCUAGUGGCGUUUGGUACCUACACUCCCCUGACCGGUUUGCCUCUGACCCCGGACAUGACCUUCUCUUCGCUGGCCCUCUUCAACCAGCUCGCCCUGCCGCUGUUCAUUCUCCCUAUGUCUUUAUCCAUGGUUGUCAGUGCCAUCGUCAGCACAAAGCGGUUGCGGAAGUUCCUCUUGGCCCCUGAGGUCGAGGGGAAGGAACCAGGAGAAAUGGGCGAGGGACAAAAACCGAGCAAGGAUGCUGUGGUGAAGUUUCGUAAGCCAGGCGAGGUGGCGAUCAGCACGACAUUCAGCAAGUAUAUUACCAUUGGGAUCCAGACGGAUGACGACACAGAGCCUAUCAACAAUGGGGACGUUAUCAUCGACAGCAACGGCAACGCGGGGAAGACGGGGGCGGUGAACGGUGGGUUUACCGCACCAGAUGAGGGUAACUAA